GGUGGGUAUCUUCCCCUACAGAUUUUGCUCGUGGUAUUGCUGUUCUKCUUCUUCGCCUCGUGGUCGCUGCUGCUGCACUGUUGUCCUCCCCUUCUCACGACGUUAGACAGAUCGACCUUCUCCGUAUCGAUUGUGACUAUGAGUGAGCAUAGAAAUCUUGCGGAGAGGAGAGRACAAAAAGAGAGCUACUCCUUUUCCUCCUCCUCCUCCUCCUCCUCUUCUUCUUCUUCUUCGUUUUCUUCUUCUUCUUCUUCGUGGUCGUCGUUGACGUCCUCCUCGUCGGUAUGUAAUAGGAGUCUCUACCCGUCCGAGGCAGAGCUAAGGGAUGACCAGUUGAUUGUACUUGUCCCCGGUUUCAGCAUCGAGCGGAUUGCUAUCCUCCGCAAUAACACGCGGAUAAUGUCGAGCUAUCCGUUYGUCAGAGCCGUCUACGUUCUCUGGCAGAAUACUGACUUCCCCGUGUCUAGAUUCGAUGAACCGAGCCUAAGGUUCGACAGCGAUGGCGCGCCGAUCCGUGUCGUACCCCAUCGAUCAAACAGCCUGAACAACAGGUUUCUUCCACGAAGUUUCAUCGACACUUCAGUGGUUGCCAUCAUAGAUGAUGACAUCCUGGUGGACAGAUUGAGAAUGGAAUUGGCGUUCAAGGUGUGGCGGGAAAAMUCGCAGCGAAUCGUCGGRUACUACGCGCGCGCGCACAUGUACCAUCCAGAGAAUGGCUCGUGGACGUAUUCACUGAAAUCACUGAAAGAGUCGGGCGAGCCUAGAAAGUACUCCAUGAUUCUGACGAAGGUGAUGCUGUUAAAGACCGAGUACUUGUUCGAUUACACGUGUCGGAUGCCGAUUGGUGCGAGGAGGAUGAUUGACGAGGCUGUCAAUUGCGAGGAUAUUGCGAUGAACUUCAUGGUAUCGAAUUACACCAAGAGGGCGCCUUUGGCCGUCGUAGGGAAAGUCGAGGAUGCCGGUAGUCCAUUCAUUAACAAAGACAAGCCGGCUUAUSGAGUAGGGCUAUCAACGCGAGCGGAUCACCUCGACACGCGUAGCCGUUGCCUCAACGAGCUCGUUAAGCUAUGGGGCGGCAUGCCUCUGCGAUACGCCUAUACCAAAGCUGUGCCAGUUUAGCAUAUAUGGGAGCGAAACCCCAAACCACAAGAGUCA